AAGUUUAUUGAACGACCGAAAAAUGUUGUAUCGCCAAUAUUCAAAAAAGGUGGACAAGUGAGUACCGCUCUGCUGUACAGUCGUUGUAUUUAUUUGAAGUCGUAUUUUUUUAUUUGAAUUCAAUGAUAAAUCAUUGUAUACAAAAAACAAUUUUGAGCGGAGACGUUGUAUCACCUUAGCAUAAUUAAUGUAUAAAUAAUCAAAUUGGACCUUUUCCGUUUAUUCACCACCGCUGUUUUUUUUUUUUUUUUUGUAAUCGUCGUAUAUACUCUUAAUACGUAUUAUACGUGUUAUACGUAUACCACUAUUUAAAUUGAAUAUUCGUUAUUAAGAGUGGAUUUACGGCAGUUACCCUGUGACCAACUUGAGGUGGUGUUACAUAGCAAGUCAAGGGAUAUCUUCGAUUUUUGUCCGAGCACAGCUCCGCAAGCGAGUGGCAAUGCGGGCAUCACUGACGUGGUAUACGUAUAACUAUAGUGUAUUAACAGAAAAACAAAAAAAAAAGUGGUGGAAGUGAAUAAACGGAAGAGGUCCGACAAAUUUAAUAGUAAAAUAAAAAUAUUAAUAAAAAUCGAAAAUAUCUCAUGGCUAUAAAUAACGUGACUUUCUGAUGAACAUUUUCUGUUUGGUGAAGGUAAAAACAUUUAUUGGGAACCUUCUAUUAAAAUGUCUAAUUUUAGCUCUGAAAAAAAAAAAUAUUAUGAAUUUACAACAUUUAAAAAACUCCUCAUGGCUAUAAAUAACUUAAAAAGAGUCAAAAUUGUUUAAAAUUUUUACAAUUUAUGAAAAUUGUGAUGAAAAUCCAAUAUAGUAAACAUUUUCGACAUUCUAAUAAAUAUAUAUAAAAAAAUGAUCGAGCCUUUAAUAUUUUUUAACUUUCAUUAAUGAAAUUUUGGAGGAACCUAGGAUGACAUUUUCAAGCUUUUUAUAAGUAAAAGUUUUUAUCGAGAAUAAUUUGAAAAAACUCUAAAAAUUCUAAACAUUUCUUAAGGUUUAACUAGCUUCGAUUCAUCCAGCUUAUGAAAAACCGAGCUCAUCAUUCUGGUAUUAAAAUGUAUCCAUAUGAAGCUUUAUUUGGCUGCAAAAUUAAAAUUGGUCUAAACACUUCAAAUUUACCACACAAUGUAAUAAGUACAAUAGAAAAUGAAGAACAGUUAGCUGAAUCAAUUACAGAACAGUCACAAAAUAUCGAAAAUGAAGUAUCAGCUGACACAAAACAUCACAGAACAACCACAAAACAUCAAAAAUGAAACAUCAGACACAGAACAACAAUUAGCUACAACUAUCAAAUUAAAUAACCAAAACGCCAAUGUCAUGCGAACUAGAGCCAAUGAAAAUCUGGAAAAUCAAGCAAAAAAAAUGAUGGCGUGGUCGGAUAAGAAGCUAUUACCGGUGGCAAUUCAUUCAACUGUACGUGUUCCUGUUCCUGAGGUAGAUAAAGGACGUUUAGAUGCACAAAAAAUACUGGAAAUUGUUUUAGAGGUGACAAGUUUUUAUCGAUUAGGAACUCGGGAUGGAGUUCUGAAGCAGUUAUAUGCCAGAAGUCAGUUUACAGUAUGUCAGAAAAAGCUACUACAAAUUGACAAGAUUCCAAUAGACACAGAAGUGGCAUUACGAACAGUCGCAAAGGAACAGUCCACAGGAACUGGCCAAGGAUUUUUAAAAUGCAGCAAAGUCUCUGAGAACCUAGGCAUAUGCAGCAUGGUUAAAACAGGCAAUAUUAAAUAUUGAAACACGCUGGAACAGUACAUAUAACAUGCUAAAUAGACUUUAAGAACUAAGAACAUUCUGUAGUGUUAAUGCCAAAAAGUUAUAAAAUGAUCAUGAUUGGGAUUCAAUACAUAAUUUGGUUAAAGAUUUGAAGCCAGCUAAAAUAGCUACAAUUCAAAUGAAAAAAUGAUUUAAAUCCUGGUGACUGCUUUGGUAUUUGGCUUAACACACAAAUGAAAUUAAAAAAAAUUAAAUACCCAU